AUGGCGCUAAUGGAACUGUGGAAUUCUCUUGUCGGUGGUAACAAGGAGUCAGACUGGAGUGAAGUAGCGUCUCUAUACCUCCAUAACCGUAAAAAAUACUUCUCAGUGUCUGAAAUAGAUAAAGAAGAAGUUCCUAUAGUGUUUUCUGAGGGUCAUAAAAUCAGCUUCAACAAAACUGGACUGGGAUUGGACUAUACCCCACUUAACUCUAUCACAAUAUUUCACAUUGAUACUAGGAAAGCGGAAGUAAAAAUGCCCAGUGGUAACGUCGAUCAGCCUGUCAUUGAAGACAACAGGGAUGGUACUGUGAGCAUCAAAUACGAGCCCAGAGAGGAGGGAGUACAUGAAUUGUAUGUUAAGUACAAUGGAGAACAUGUUCAAGGUUCACCAUACAAGUUCCACGUGGACUCCAUUCCCUCCGGAUACGUGACCGCAUAUGGAGCAGGUUUGAUCAGUGGCGUCAGUGGAGAGCCUAGUCUUUUCACCAUCAGCACUAAGGGAGCAGGAUCUGGAGGUCUGUCGCUGGCUGUAGAAGGUCCUAGCAAGGCUGAGAUAACAUGUCACGACAACAAAGAUGGUACAGUGGCUGUAUCAUUCCUGCCUACGGCACCGGGCGAGUACAAGGUAUCCGUAAGAUUUGGAGACAAGCACAUCAAGGGAUCUCCUUUCUUAGCCAAGUUGCAUGUUACCACGCAAAUAUCUCCACAGCUGCCUAGUCAGAUUUGGCGCGUACCAGAGGACGGUCCCCUCUGGAACAUUAAAAAAGUAACAAAUUAG